AUGAAGACACUAUUAAAUAAUAAGAAAUAACUAGGAUAAUAGGAAACAUAGACCAAGUAAUUGUAGAAACAUGAAUCAGCUGCAACAGUUAAUCUAGUCUACCCCUAGUUGAAGCAACAGAAUAGAAUAACAUCUGCAUAUUACUCAGCGAAGUUGAUAAAAGGUAGCAUCACCUUUCGAUAUUCUUAGGUCUUCCAUUAAGUGCACAACCUAUUGCGAGACCUAUAAAAAAGGUUCCGCAGUUGCAAUAUCCUUUUUUUCAAGAACCCCCACAAUUUUAAAUGCAAUCAAUACAUGAUGAGGAUGUAUAACAAUCAAAGCAAACUCAAGAACCUGAAUUUGAGAUUAGAGCUACAACAGCUCCUGAGGGGGCGCAAAGAAAGCCAAAACUUGUUUAAGAUUUCAGACAAUUAAUUUAACAAGUGCCAUAAGCAAUUAAGAUGGAACCGACAGUAGGACAAUUUGUCAUUUAAAAUAGAUUUCCUGAGUAUAUUGUAAGAUAUGGAAAAUUAAAUAUAUUAGAAUGAUUUUGAUGAAUUUACAGUGAAUCCCCAUGUUCAUAAACAUAUGGAAAGAUUAAAAUCAUCGAAUAGAUUAGUGCAGUAUCAAUAAUUGCCUCGUAAUCAAUCUUCUAAAUUGGAGAGACAGAGAGAACUAAUUGAGAAAACAAUAUCAAAUAGGCCAGUUCAAUCAUAAUAAAUAAAGAAAAGAAAGUUAUUACCUGACAAUAGACCAAAGACAACAAACUAUAAAAGAGAGAAUCCCUUAGGCGAUUGUUGGAAAGACUUGGCAUAAAAGGUUGUGAUCUAGGCAAAUGAAGCAAAUAAACCUAGGGAAGAAUCACUACAUGAAUAAGAGAAGUCAUUAACUCAUUUGGAUUUAGAAACAAACGUAUUGACACAGAAAGAAAAAGAAUACAUAAAGAAGAAAAGAAAGCAAUUUUUAGAUGAUUUGCGACCAUAUUUGGAGAUGAAGCAAGCUUAGGCAGAAAAAAAGAGAGCAAUGGCCAAAAGAGAGGUAUUAUUAGACAAAUUUGAUUAACAUAAUUCAUUAUUAAGUGAGUUAGAAGAUGAUGGGGAUUUAGCAAAAGAAGAAAGUUUUGAAAUGUUAGAUGAUGAGAUCUAAAUAUUUAAUAAACCUUUAGUUGAAUAAUAAAAUUUUUUUGCUAAAGUGGAUCCAAUAAAUAGAUCAUUUGAAUAGUAAUUGAAGGAGACUCAAUAGAAAUUUGAAUAAAUGGUCAAAGAGGAUAACAAAUUAUAUGAGGAUGCUUAGAAAAAUAAGGUAGAUAAACCAGCACCAUUUUUAAAGGUCGGAGAUCAUUUCUCAUUAGAUGAAAUCAAUUUAGUGUUAAGAGAAUUAAAGAAAUCAGUAGAUGAUAGGAAUUAUGAAUGUAAAAUAUAUAAAAUGUAUAAUUUAAGUGUUGGAUGGCAUUUGCAAAAACUUAAAAUUCUUUUGGUAGUUCAGUAAAUAAACAAGAAUUCUAUUGUUGAAAUUGAGUUCUUUGGUUUUUUACAAAUGUGGUGAAUAUAUCUUUUAUGAAGGAGAUGUUGGAGAAUAAAUGUACAUAAUUCUUAAUGGGGGUUGCCAUGUAAGAAUUAAGAACCCACAUGUGGCUGAUUGUAAUCCGAUUGUGAGCACUCUUUACACAGGAUAACAAUUUGGUGAAUUGGCUUUGAUCGAUCCAAACACUAAAAUUAAUAGACCUGAUCAAAACUAGUUACAUUCAAAUAGCAAAUACACACUAAAUAUGAUAAGAGGGGAGAUGUAGAGAUAAGAAUAACAGAAGGAAAAGGCUAAGAAUUGGUGGAAGAAAGAUUACAAUGAGGAAGAGAAAUAAGAAUAAGUUAAAAUCUAACCGAAGAGAAGUGCUUCAAUUGAAUGUGCAGUUGACACUUAUUUAUUGGCUAUCUCCAGAGAUUACUUCAAAAGCAUCAUCCUGAAUGUAAUUACCUCAGAACUUGAAGAUAAAUUAAAGACAUUAUUGACCAUGCCAUGUUUUGAUGUAUUACUGCAACUCAUUAUUCUAGUUUCUAUCUUAAAUGGAAUUGAUACCUAUAGCAAAUCUAUUGGAAAGUGAAACCUAUAGAUUGGGCCAAGUGAUUUUGAAAGAAGGGGAACCACAGAAAUACUUUUACAUUGUUGCAAGUGGGAGAUGUAAGUGUGUGAAGGAGGAGGUGUUUAUUAGAGAUUUGAAAGUGAUGAGAGCUGAUGAUCCAAAUAAGAAGAAGCCAUUGAAAUGUGGUUUAAUAGAUUGUAAUCAAACAUCAAUAUUAGAGACGCUUAAAUUAGGGAGGACAAGAAAAUGAGAGUGAAGAAUACGUCCUUAGAUUUAGAGAAUGUGCCUGGAUUAGGGAUACCCCAAUCAUUUUAAUAUUAGGAAAUAUAUAAAAAUAAAGAGUAUAUGGCAUUCAAAUAUCAUUUUCUUUAUAAAGAAUUUGUAAGAGGUGAUUUCUUUAUGGGAAGAGUGCUACUGAAUGAAUAUAAGUUAUUUGAUGAGGAUAUUAUGGAAAUGAAAUAUGAUCUAUCGGAAAGAAGUAGAUUGACAGUGAUUAGCGAUGCAGCAAAGACUGAGGUGUAUAAAUUGGAUAAGGGACUCUUUCAUUUGGUUAGCCAACCUUUGAAACAACAUUUGAUUGAUGGAAUUAAGAGGAAACCUGAAUUUGAUCAUAUUUUUGAUGCUGAGGAGGCAAAGAAAGUUAAGAAAUGGGAUGCCUAUAAGAUGAAUCUAUUUAAAGCUGUGAUGGAGUAAAAGGAAUUGAAAAAUUGA